AAAUCAACCCCCCCCCAUUCCCACGACAUCAAACCCCCUGGGAAUUCUCUCCUGGGAAAGCAUUUCCGUGGUCGAGUCCUUUUUUGGCAGGGAUUUUCUUCCCCGCGGCUCCGGGAUCGUCACCCGACGGCCUCUCAUCCUGCAGCUCAUCUUCUCCAAGACAGAAUAUGCCGAGUUCCUCCACUGCAAGUCCAAGAAGUUCACGGAUUUCGACGAGGUGCGGCAGGAGAUCGAGGCGGAGACCGACCGGGUGACGGGGACCAACAAGGGCAUCUCCCCUGUCCCCAUCAACCUCCGUGUCUACUCACCCCACGUGUUGAACCUGACCCUGAUUGACCUCCCGGGGAUCACCAAGGUGCCAGUGGGGGAUCAGCCCCAGGACAUCGAGUACCAGAUCAGGGACAUGAUCCUGCAGUUCAUCAGCAGGGAGAGCAGCUUGAUCCUGGCGGUCACGCCGGCCAACAUGGACCUGGCCAACUCAGAUGCCCUCAAGAUGGCCAAAGAAGUUGAUCCUCAAGGGCUACGAACGAUUGGAGUCAUCACCAAACUGGACCUGAUGGACGAGGGCACGGACGCCCGGGACGUGCUGGAGAACAAGCUGCUCCCCCUGCGGCGAGGCUACGUCGGGGUUGUCAACCGGAGCCAGAAGGACAUCGACGGCAAGAAGGACAUCAGGGCCGCGUUGGCCGCCGAGAGGAAGUUCUUCCUGUCCCACCCAGCCUACAGGCACAUGGCCGACAGGAUGGGCACCCCCCACCUGCAGAAGGUCCUCAACCAGCAACUGACCAACCACAUCCGGGAGUCGCUGCCGUCGCUGCGCAGCAAACUCCAGAGCCAGCUGCUCUCCCUGGAGAAGGAGGUGGAGGAGUACAAGAACUUCCGUCCUGAUGAUCCCACCAGGAAAACCAAAGCUUUGCUCCAAAUGGUCCAGCAGUUCGGGGUGGACUUUGAGAAGAGGAUUGAAGGUUCAGGAGACCAGGUGGACACGCUGGAACUCUCUGGAGGUGCCCGGAUCAACCGCAUCUUCCACGAGAGGUUUCCCUUCGAGCUGGUGAAGAUGGAGUUUGAUGAGAAGGAUUUGAGGAGGGAGAUCAGCUACGCCAUCAAGAACAUCCACGGUGUGAGGACUGGGCUCUUCACCCCAGACCUGGCAUUCGAGGCCAUAGUCAAGAAGCAGGUGGUGCAGCUGAAGGAACCUUGUCUCAAGUGUGUGGACCUGGUGAUCCAGGAGCUGAUCCACACGGUCCGACAAUGCACGGCCAAGGGACCCCUGGGAUCCUACCCCAGGCUGCGGGAGGAGACCGAGAGAAUCGUCACCACCCACAUCCGGGAGAGGGAAGGGAGAACCAAGGACCAGAUCCUGCUGCUCAUCGACAUCGAACUCUCCUACAUCAACACCAACCACGAGGAUUUCAUCGGCUUCGCCAAUGCCCAGCAGAGGAACACCCAGACCAACAAGAAAAGGGCCAUCCCCAACCAGGGUGAGAUACUGGUGAUCCGGAGGGGCUGGUUGACCAUCAACAACAUCAGCAUCAUGAAGGGAGGAUCCAAGGAAUAUUGGUUUGUCCUGACAGCUGAGUCCUUGUCCUGGUACAAGGAUGAGGAGGAGAAGGAGAAGAAGUACAUGUUGCCCCUGGACAACCUGAAGAUCCGGGACGUGGAAAAAGGCUUCAUGUCCAACAAACACGUCUUCGCCAUCUUCAACACGGAGCAGAGGAAUGUCUACAAGGAUCUCCGACAGAUCGAGUUGGCCUGUGAUUCCCAGGAGGACGUGGACAGCUGGAAAGCCUCUUUCCUCCGGGCUGGAGUUUAUCCGGAGAAAGACCAAACUGAGAAUGAGGAUGGUGCCCAGGAAAACACCUUCUCCAUGGACCCGCAGCUGGAGCGGCAGGUGGAAACCAUCCGGAAUCUGGUGGAUUCCUACGUUGGGAUCAUCAACAAAUCCAUCCGGGACCUGAUGCCAAAGACCAUUAUGCACCUCAUGAUCAACAAU